AUGAUUCAUCGCCUCGUUCUCCUCCUGGCUUUCACCGGCAUAAUACAUGCUGCACACGCCGCCUCUCCAACAAAAGUAAAACGUCUCAUCAUAGACACUGGUUUAUUCAUUGACCUCCUCGCCGUCAAUAUCAAUUUCCCCUCCACCUACUCGGCCCUGGCAGCAUCUGCCAUUCUGGCCCAUUAUGGUCAUGACACACCCAUCGGGAUCCGGCGUCUGUUGACCAAUGUCACCUUCUUCGAUUCUUGCAAAGUGGCCUAUCACUGGUCUGGGGGUUCGUUGCCCUGGGGCCGUGCCGAGGACGCCUGGGACCCAGUCGCGCUGUAUCGAAAAGUCCUCUCCGAAGCCCCCGAUCAAAGCGUCACCAUCGUUUCCAUUGGAUUCUUUGAUAAUGUUUGA